CAGUGACGUAUCGUGUUCGUGUCAUACAAUACACGGCAUAAAAAUUAAAUAAUAAAAAGAAAAAAAAUGUUGUACCAAAUAAAAUAUAUUUUGCCAUUAAUUUUAAGCUUUUGUACAUUAAAUUCAGCUUUAUAUUUUCAUAUUGGUGAAACGGAGCGAAAAUGUUUCAUAGAAGAAAUACCAGAUGAAACUACAGUUAUCGCAAACUAUAAGGUAGAGUUGUACGAUCCUAGGAGUGGUGGAUUUAUGCCGUCAUCGCCGGGUAUUGGGAUGCAUGUAGAAGUAAGAGAUCCCGAUGAUAAGACAAUAUUAUCGAGAGUGUAUAGUUCUGAAGGACGUUUUGUAUUUACAUCACAUUUACCUGGUGAACAUGUUAUUUGUAUGUUCUCCAAUAGUACAGCAUGGUUUAGCGGUAGCCAAUUGAGGGUACAUUUAGAUAUACAAGUUGGUGAACACGCCAUCGAUUAUGCGAAUGUUGCACAAAAAGAGAAAUUAACUGAGCUACAAUUACGUAUUCGACAAUUAUUGGAUCAAGUUGAGCAAAUUGUUAAAGAACAGAAUUAUCAAAGGUAUCGUGAAGAAAGAUUUCGACAGACCAGUGAAAGUACAAAUUCUCGUGUAUUAUGGUGGUCAUUAAUACAAACAGCAAUCUUAUUGGUAAUGGGAGCGUGGCAAAUGCGACAUUUGAAGAGUUUCUUCGAAGCUAAGAAAUUAGUAUAAAUAAAAAAUGUGGAUUGUAUGGUGUACGGCGUCUACCUCAUGGACAUCAUAUACCGUUGUUAAAUAGAAAAUCCUUCGGGUCUCAUCCACACCCCUCAACAUCUCCCACCAUCAAUCAAACAAAAAACCAUCAUCUCCACAAUUUA